ACCACUCCCAAAACUUUUCAAACAAGACACAAUCCUUCCCUCAAUUUCCCUAAGAAAUCCUCUUUAAAACCCAUAUUUUCUUUUAAUCUCUUCCAUUGAAGAAACUAGCUUUUAGAAUCAAACAUGGGGAACUAUGUUUCUUGCACUUUAUCGACCCCAUUCAGCAAAUCAUCAAAGACCACAAAAGUGAUUCUCCCAAGCGGUGAAAUCAAGCAAUACGAGGAACUCAUCAAAGCAGCUGAGCUAAUGCUAGAAAUACCAAACUUCUUCGUUGUAAACUCUCGAUCCCUCAAGGUGGGAACCAGGUUUUCUCCACUAAGUGCUGACGAAGAUUUAGAGUUCACCAACGUUUACGUCAUGUUUCCAAUGAAAAGAGUGAACUCUACGGUCACAACAGCUGAUAUGGGAGCUUUGUUUAUGGCUGUAAAUUCGGUUACCAAAAAGGGGUUUGGUGGAAAAGUAAGAAUAUUGCCAGAAGAUCAAGAUAAUCUAAGUGAUGUUUCAUUGGAAAAUGAAGAUAGAAGAACAAUGACGAAGCUGAAUUUGGAUGAUAUUGAAGAGUUUUCAACACCAGAGUUUAUGCAUAGAUUAUCAAUGUCAAGGUCUAAGAAACCAUUGUUAGAAACUAUAGUUGAGGAGCCUAUUCGUGCGAGAUGAGGUCCUAUAUGAAGUUUCAAUUUGUGGUAUUAUUUUCUAGUUGCGAGCUUUGUGGGCGGAAUUGAUUUAGGAACGUAAUAGAAAACCGAAGAUUCUGAUGUAUUGAUGGAGAUAGUAUUUAAAAUAGUUUUUUAAUUAUGUUUAUGUUAUUAUAUUUAUCUGUAAAUGAUUUUUCUAUUUAUUGUAAAAAUAUAUUGAGGCAUUGUCAUUUGUGAGCAAAA